CCCACCCCCUUCUCUCUCUCUCUCUCUCUCUCUCUCUCUCUCUCUCUCUCUCUCACACACACACACAUCCCUUACGACAGGUGAGCAAGGCUGCGGUAACACCUCGGCCCGGCAUUCCCAGUUGGAUCUUCUCUCGCUCCGCUCCUAGCUGACCAGGAUCACUAUAGGACCAACCGACAGACACUCGGAAAAUAGCAACAGAUUUGACGCGCCUACGCUGAAUCUUUCUCUCACAACGACCUUCCUACUUCCUGGAGGAUCCCCUUUUUUCCUCACCUCUUCCUCUCCUAUGUGAGCUUCGAGUAUAGCUCCCAAGGCCUCUAUACCUAUCUCACUUGCCAAAAAAUAAAAAAGGAGGAACUCACCUCAGUCUCCCGGAUUUUAUCUUUCGAAACCUCGUUUAACUAAAUCUUCGGCCGAGAUGCCUUCAGUUCCAGGCGAUAUCGGACGCAGGAAUGCCCUGCCAAUGAUCUACACGAAGGGCACGUACUACGAAGUUGGUUUCGACGUGGGCAGGACAUUCCGUGGGAUCAUCGAGGACUUCUUGAGCACCUUCAAAGAACUCCACGAAAGUCUCCUGCCAGCCUACGAGACUCCCGAAGGGCGCGCUGCCUACGACCAGACGCUGGCCACCCUUCAGGAGAACUAUCCCCAUUACGUCAGAGAGCUCCAGGGAACUGCAGAUGGCGCCCGUGUGCCUUUCCAUCACCUGAUGCUGUUGCACAUGGACCAAAUCGUACCAAUGAACUCCGGACAAGUAAGGUCGUCUGGAACAAACGGGUGUUCAUCAGUUUGCGUCAAUCACGACGAACACGUAUUACUAGGGCACACGGAAGACGCCCUACCAGAGACCCUGAACCACGCCUACAUCGUCAGCGCCCACAUCCACGAAGAGACACCACAGGGCCGGAACGGCACCAAGUGUGAGGGCUUCACUGCCCUCUGCUACGCCGGACACCUUCCCGGCUUCUGCAUGGGGUACAAUCACCACGGCCUCGUCUAUUCCAUCAACGUCAUCAGCCCCCAGAAAGUCUUGGCUGGAAAGACACCUCGCCACUUCCUAUGUCGCGCCCUCCUGUCCGCGGAGACUAUGAUGGCCGCCCAAGAUAUUCUGAGGGACAGGCAAACGGGCUCUGCCGACGGCUUCAGCGUCAACAUGAGCUUCACGAAACAGGAGGGCGACCACCUCUUCCACAACGCAGAAGUCGGCCCAGCCGAGGAUUGUGACGAGAGUCCCAUAUCAAUUCUCACCAUUAGCCCAGGGGAGCAUCUCAUUCACACAAACAAGUACCUGCGCCUCGAGAUCCCUGAGGACACAGGCCUCUGUAUGGAGAGCAGCACCCACCGUCACGAGAGAGCUGCUGUCUGCGCGCCCCCAGAAUCCAAGGAAGCUCUCUUGGCUCUUCUGUCGGACACCCACGACACCGAAUACGCCUUCUUCAGGGAGGGAGGCGAACCCGAUUUCGUUAAAACUAUCGCACUCGGCGUAUUUGACCUCUUAGACAAGACCUGGACCGUCUGGAUGAAGAACCCACGUAACUAUGAUUGCCUCUUCUCCCUCCCAAUGCUCUUCAAGUGGGACAAAUAAGAUAUGGGAAUCCGCCUUUCCUCUUCAAAAAUGAUUUAUAUAUAUUUAUACAUAUUUUCUUCAAUAUUUUAUGUAUGGUAGUAUGUACCAGCCGUCCUUAGUGCGUAAAAAAAAUAAUAAGACGUUAAAUAAAGUAAUCAGCUUGGUUGUAUUUAUGUCUGCAGUUUUUUGUUAACAUAUACUGACUUCACUUUGCCGCCAAUAGUGAAAUUGAAAACUUAAUAGUUUUGUUGUUGCUGUUCAUUUGCCCCUUGUCAUUUUGGUAUGCAAGUUAAUCCAGUUUUGCUACAUUAAAAUGUCCAAGCAAUAA